UUUUGCAACUAAGUUCAUAGUAUAUAUAGGAAGAUCUCUUUUUACAGAGACUCAAGCUUUGUAAAUCAACGCAAUAUAAUGAAUUUUAUAUCCGGAAAAACUGAAGACAGCAUUUCUCUUCCAAAACUUCGAGAUACGCUUAUUCGUCUUGAGGAUACUAUAAUUUUUGCUUUGAUUGAGAGAGCACAGUUUUCUGUUAAUGACAACAUUUAUAAACCUGGAAUGUAUAAAUAUGAUGGCUUUGAAGGAACUUUCCUAGAAUAUUUUUUGUCCGAAGUUGAAAAAGUACAUGCAAAAGUAAGAAGAUAUCAAAGUCCCGAUGAGUAUCCAUUCACGGGAACUCUUCCAGAUCCAAUUAUUCCUCCUCUUGAUUAUCCACAAAUCCUUAAACCUAAUAACAUUAAUAUUAAUAAAAAAAUAAUGAAAUUUUAUCUCGAGAACAUUGUUCCUUCGCUAUGCGUGCCGGGAGAUGAUCAAAAUUAUGGUUCCGCGGCAACUAAAGAUGUAGAGUGUCUUCAAGCUUUAUCUCAAAGAAUUCAUUAUGGGAAAUUUGUUGCUGAGGCAAAAUUUCUCGAUCCAAAACUUCAACCUAAAUACAUUGAACAUAUCAAAAAUCGGGAUGUUAAGGAACUUGAAAAUUUGUUAACUGACAAACGUGUUGAGGAAGCUUUAUUAAAAAGACUUAGACGUAAAGCUUUAAUAUAUGGUCAAGAUAUUUCAGAACAUGGUGGAUUAAAUUUGGAUAAUAUGCAAACUACAGAGCAAUUAAAAAUUAAUGUAGAUGUAGUUGUUGAAUUGUAUGAAAAAUGGGUCAUCCCUUUAACAAAAGAAGUUGAAAUUGAGUAUUUAUUGAUAAGACUUGACGAGUGAAAUUUUGUAAAUUUCAUUGAUUUUGAUAGUAAGAACUUGAUUUAACUAAAAAAUGCCACUUCUAUUUAUUUUAUGACAAAGAUUUGUUUAAAAUAAGUUAGUAUCUUUGGGAAUAAUUUAGAAUAGUUAGAUUACAAAUUUUAUUAGAUUUCUGCGUACUAUUAUUUGAUAUUGUAUUUAGAAUUUGUUUAAAGUGGUAUUUUGUGAUCUCUUAAUUAUUAUUAGUUUCUAAGAUUAUUUAAACAUUAUAUUUGAUCAAAAAAUCAAAAGUGCAAGUGUGGUUAUUCUGUCUUCUACUCAAUAUAUUUAAUUUUUGCCAGUAUUAUACUUUUGCAAUAAUUCAGUUUAUCUUACUUUACUAAUUCAACUUUUAAUUUAUUACAGAAUCAUUUAAUUAUUAUUAUAAAAAGCAAAGUAAUUAUAUUUAAUAUUAGAAUAAAUAUUUUGAACAAAU